AUGUCUUCUGAAUCUGAUGAACAUGAUUCUAAUCAUCAACUACCAUUUGAUAGUAAUGAUCGAUCACCUUUAAGACAUCCAUCAUUCAAUGACGAAGCAAAAAUAUUAAUACCAUUGGUAAUUAUUAUUCCAAUUGUAUUUGUUGUUAUAUUAUGUUUAACUACAUUCUGUAUUUAUCGAUAUAGAAAAAAACGAAAUGCACAAGAUACAGCAUCUAUCGAUCAAUAUAAUAAUAAUGUAUCUAUAAUUCCUUAUAAUUCUCUACAGAAUUUAACUACUAACGAAGAAUCACCGCCGCAAUAUAACGUGAUUUCUGAAACAAAAAAAGAUAAUAAUAAUAUUACUUCGCAAUCACAAGAUAAAAAUGAAACGACAAUUACUCCAUCAAUUCACGAUUUAAAUCAUACGGAUUCAACGAAUUGUAGUGAUAGUUGUUGUACUGGAAUCAGUCUUUCACCAGACACCGCUUGUUGUUCUACUACAUCAUGGAGUACAUUGGUGAUACCUAUUUUUGUUGUUACUGGUGUAUGUCUUUUUGCAGUUUGUUUGAUAUAUUUUCGACCAUUAUGUAAACAAUGUUUAUGCAGAUGUAAAUGUCCUUGUGGAAAUCGCACUCGAGUUACAUCAUCACCACCAAAUACUGCGUCAAUUCUUGCUGCUCCUGUUUAUCAUAUAAAUAAUGAUGACCUACCUGACUAUGAAACAAUCAGUAAAAAUCCGCGACCAAAAGAUAUAACACCACCACCGUAUAAUUUUGUUGCUGCACAUCCAACUGAUUUUGGCAUUGAAAUGUCUGUUCUCAAUGCACCACCACAAUAUCGUUCACGAUGUAGUUCAGUAGCUACAGUCGUACCACCUUUGUCUCGUGUUGAUUCUUGA